CAAUCUUGACCACAGCAAAGAGAAACAAACAAUGGCGGCUUCUCUGCAAUCAGCAAACCCUACAUUGUCACGAACCCUAGCUUCUCCGAACAAACCUUCCUCCUUCGCCACCUUCCGAUCUCCAUUUCUCAGAUUCAAUUCAACAUCCGUCGCUUCCAAUUUCAAACCCCUAGUUUCUCGAGAAGCAUCCUCAUCGUUCGUCACUCGCUCCGCCGCCGAGCCACAAGAAAGAAAAACCUUCCAUGGACUGUGCUAUGUCGUCGGCGACAACAUCGACACUGACCAAAUCAUUCCCGCGGAGUUUCUCACUCUCGUCCCUUCGAAUCCAGAGGAAUACGAGAAACUCGGUUCUUACGCUUUAGUUGGUCUUCCAGCUUCUUACAAGGAACGAUUCGUUCAGCCAGGUGAGAUGAAGACGAAGUACUCAAUCAUCAUUGGCGGUGAAAACUUUGGAUGUGGAUCGUCACGUGAACAUGCUCCGGUUUGUUUAGGAGCAGCGGGAGCUAAAGCAGUGGUGGCUCAGUCUUAUGCUAGAAUCUUUUUCAGGAACUCUGUUGCUACUGGUGAGGUUUAUCCUUUGGAUUCUGAAGUUAGGGUUUGUGAUGAGUGUACAACUGGUGAUGUUGCGACUGUUGAGUUGAGGGAAGGAGAUAGUAUUUUGAUCAAUCAUACGACUGGGAAAGAGUACAAGCUUAAGCCGAUUGGUGAUGCUGGACCAGUGAUUGAUGCUGGUGGUAUAUUUGCUUAUGCUAGGAAAGCUGGAAUGAUUCCAUCUGCUGCUGCUUGAUUUUGACUUCAGGUGUCAAUGGAAGUGCAUGAGAGUCACUUCAAGGAUCUUGAUCCAAUAAUAAGAAUAUGUAAUGUUUCCAAAAGCUUAUGAACCUAAUCUAUGUUUUAUGAAUAUAUAUGACUAUCGGCUUUAGUCUUCAGUAUCAGUUUCUUGUUUACAUUUGGAUGUAUCAGCUGCUAAAAAAAUGCAUAGUUUCCCAUCCCAUUUGAAACGACGUUUUCUCUCAUGUCUUCCACUAAUAUAAUCUUCUGGUCAUGAGAACAGAACAGGAGCUCUGUUUUUCUCACACAAUGAUCGAACACACUUUUGUCAUAUAGUAUAGAG